AAGUUAAUUGCAUUUAAUGUUUUAUAAAUGUAUUAUUUGUUUCAUCCCUAUAGGUAAGCGUCGGCAGCUAAAAAUGAAUAAAUAAAACAUAAAAAUAAAGCUUUGACAGUUGCAAUAAUAUUAUCAAUUCACAGUUUCUGACAGAAAAGUCCGACACCCCUCAACAAAGACAGGAACAAUACGAGCCAAAACGCAUGAAAAUCACUGAAGCCUUCCUGUAGUUAUUGCAUUAAUGCAAAUUUUGAUUUAGUUUCAGUCUUCUGAAUAAAACAUAGCAUGGUUUUAUUCAGAAUUUAAUUGUCUUGUAAUUUUAGUUUUAGUCUGCUCUUAACUGAACUGUGAAGUUAUAGAAGAAUGGAUUUCUAGAGCUUUCUACAUCUUGGGAAAAACAAAAACAUUUGCCUAAACUUAGGUGAAUUACUUACCCUUUUAAUUGAAACAACUUCAAGUCCCAUUGGCUUUAAAAAAAAAAAAAACCAGUCUGCCUUUCCACGCAGGUAAAAUUAGACAGGUUGAUCUAGUUUUUUGUAUACCAAUAUUCAGUCUUGUAUGAGUAUUCAUUAUGCAAAAAAAGGAGAAAAAAGUACAUUCUGUUUUAAAGAAAUAGAAUGCAGGUUUCAACCCGUUUCAUAUCUUUUUGUUUGUGCCUCUCCCGAAUUGAUGCCUCCCUGAGCGUCGGACAACAUCAAUUAACGGGCCACAAAGUCGCCGUGAAGAUCCUCAACAGACAGAAGAUCCGCAGUCUCGAUGUUGUGGGGAAAAUCAAGCGGGAGAUCCAGAACCUCAAACUGUUCAGACACCCCCACAUCAUCAAGCUCUACCAGGUAAUAAGUACACCAACAGAUUUCUUCAUGGUCAUGGAGUAUGUGUCUGGAGGGGAGCUGUUUGACUACAUCUGCAAAAACGGAAGGGUGGAGGACUCGGAAGCUCGCCGUCUUUUCCAGCAGAUCAUCUCGGCUGUGGAUUACUGUCACAGGCACAUGGUGGUCCACAGAGACCUCAAACCCGAGAACGUCCUGCUUGACGCCAACAAGAACGCCAAGAUUGCCGACUUCGGACUUUCAAACAUGAUGUCAGACGGAGAGUUCUUACGAACGAGCUGUGGGUCGCCCAACUACGCGGCUCCGGAGGUCAUCUCAGGAAGGCUGUACGCAGGCCCAGAGGUGGACAUCUGGAGCUGCGGCGUGAUCCUGUACGCGCUGCUGUGUGGCACUCUGCCCUUCGACGACGAGCACGUCCCCACGCUGUUCAAGAAGAUCAGAGGAGGCGUCUUCUACAUCCCCGAGCACCUGAACCGCUCUGUGGCGUCGCUGCUCAUGCUCAUGCUGCAGGUGGACCCACUUAAGAGAGCCACCAUCAAAGACAUCAGGGAACACGAGUGGUUUAAGAAGGACCUGCCGGGCUACUUGUUCCCAGAGGACCCGUCAUACGAUGCCACCGUGCUGGACGAAGAGGCGGUCAGGGAAGUGUGCGAGAAGUUUGAAUGCACCGAGUCUGAAGUGGUGUCCAGCCUCUACAGCGGAGAUCCACAGGAUCAGUUAGCAGUAGCUUAUCACCUCAUCAUAGAUAACCGACGCAUCAUGACCCAGGCCAGCGAGUUCUACCUGGCCUCCAGUCCUCCGCAGGGCUCCUUCAUCGAAGAAGGCAUGCCGCUGCCCCCCGGCGUCAAACCCCACCCAGAGAGGAUGCCCCCGCUUCUGGCCGACAGCCCCAAAUCCCGUUGUCCUCUGGAUGCCCUGAACACAACCCGGCCCAAACCGCUCGCUGUGAAGAAGGCCAAAUGGCACCUGGGGAUCAGGAGUCAGAGCAGACCGUACGACAUCAUGGCUGAGGUGUACAGAGCCAUGAAACAACUCAACUUUGACUGGAAGGUGGUGAACCCGUACCAUCUGCGGGUUCGCCGGAAGAAUCCAGUAACGGGAAAUCUGGUGAAAAUGAGCCUGCAGCUCUACCAAGUUGACAACAGAUCCUACCUCCUCGAUUUCAAGAGCAUCGAUGACGACAUCAUGGAGGCGGUUGGCUUUAAAUCUGGGUCGUCCACCCCUCAGCGGUCGGGCUCCACCGCCGGCCUCCACAGACCCCGACUGAGUAUCGACUCGGCCAGCCCCGCCAUUGACCUGCCCCAGCUCAGCUCCUCCCUGCCAGGCUCGCUGUCCGGCAGCUACCCCCUGCUCGCCGCGCGUCAAGGCUCUCACACCAUGGACUUCUUCGAAAUGUGCGCCAGUCUCAUCACCACGCUGGCUCGCUGAUAACCUGCUAAAUCCCAAACUGCCUUGUUAACCCGGAAGUCAGUGGGAGGGGAGCGUGUUUCAGGGCUAAUAGCUACAAAAUGUGAGAUGCAUCAAUAAACUUGUGGAAGCCAGAGAAUAAAAAAGAAUAAAUAAAUAAGGGAGAGGUCAGAAUCCCAUCAGAGUGGGCAAAUGUCGAGUUUACCGUCACAAAUCCCCCUCAGUCCUUUAUCAGCUGCGUCAACAUGUAACGACCGAACAUCCUGCUGAGUUGGCCUCAGACGCUGAUCCGAGGUCAGUUCUGCCGCUUGUCUUACUGAUCGCUGUUGCAGCUGUGUCUGGAGGACCAUUACUUCAUAGAUAUCAAGUUUUAUAAUGCUAGUGCAGAAGCUUUUUGUUAUCCAUGUAUAUUUAUAUUUUAUUGUAGAUUGAAAUAUAUAUACCAAAAAGAAUAUUAUUUAGAUAUCAGAUUCAUAUUUAUUUUUAGAUUUUCUUUUUUAAAACACUAGUUUUAUUCGAAACAUCUCCACUGAACAAAUUAUUGAAUAAUUUAACGAAGCACGACAGACAGUUGGACGCUACAUUGAUUUUUCUGCUUGAAACUGCCCCGUGCCGCACAUACACACACACGCACACACAUACACACACACACACACACACGCUAUCUCACCGCGUCACACACCUGUGUCAUUUCACCCGACGCUCAGCACGUGCAAAGGCUCUGAUAAAGCAAGCUGCCUGAACAGAAUUUCAUUUUAGAAAAACACAGAGGUCCGUGACAUCAGGAAGUCGGCGCUGAGCUGUAUAACAACAGAUGUGGCUCUGGAACGCUUCAGGGUUACAAACAUCUUCGCGCUAACUUUUCAAACCGUGACUAAAACACUUGAAUCGAAGUGAGGCGGUCAAUCUGAAGAUUAGCAACUCUGCGUGUGUGUGUGUGUGUCAUGUGAGGUGGUGUGUUACUGCCGCAGGAGAGCAGAAGCCACAGAAAACUCCCCACAGAUGCCUUAAAGAAUGCAACGCAAUGUUUAUGUGAAAGCUUGAUGUCAGAGGGAGAGUUGGUCGUCAUAUGUUUUACAUUUAAAGCCUGGAAGGUCAGAGAUGCUGGAGUCAGAACAAUCCAACCUCGACGUUAUUGUGUACUGUUGCCAUCUGAGCUGCUGUCUGCCCCGUUUGGUUCCUCUUGACUGUUCCGUCUGCACCUUCACUCCUUAUCACUGGGCUCAGCAGUUCACUGCUCCACACUGCAGGAAGGCUCACAGAUGUUACCGAAUGGAUUAUUUCAGAUCUGCGUCCACGAACACUACAACUUCAUUAAUCCCUUUGACGCUCUAGAUAAAUGUUCCCCGUCACAUUAAUACAUGUCAGUUUUUCGAUUAACGCAGAGAGCGAAUGUGAAAUGAAAACUCAUUUAGACUUCAUUGUUUCUGAUGGGAAUGGUAGAUUGUUCUGCUGUUUGCAGUGAAGCCGAGGGAUUUCACUCUGAGAAGCUUUAAAAAAAUACCUAUUUGAUAUCCAUCAAUGUCGCCUAGAUCUUGUAAAUUUGUGAUUGGCUGCAGGUCUCAGUGUGCCGGAAAUGAAGAACAGCGUAUCGGAUAAAGCUACAGUGCCAGUCAGAGGUUUACAUUCAGCUAUCAUCAGUGUGAAUUUCAUUUUACUUUAAAGCUUUUAGUGACACUUUUGUUUGGACUGAUAUGAAUACAACACAUUUGUUGUGUUAUAUCUAAUCCAAACAGGGUCAAAGUUACCAUUUUUAAAAAAUUCAAAAUUCUUGUUUUGAAACGCAUUGAGAUUUCCAGAUGGCUGCUGUAAAGUAAAUCUAUCCUGGAAAAAGAACUGCGGAUGAGUGAACAUCAUUGAAAUGAUAAUACUUAUCAUGGGAAUGCAAACUUCUUACUGGCACUAUGAGUGAAGGUUACACUGUGUUACUGUUUUCAUUUAGUAACUUUAUUGUUUUAACAUUUUAUCUUUCUUGUGUGCGUUUGUGUCGGGUCAUGUGUAAGGCCAUGGUCGAGCAGAAUGUGGCCUGUUCAGGUUCUCUUGUAAAAACCCAUUUUGAACCUUUAGAGGAUGUAGAUUUCUGCAGGUUUUUUUAGUGCAUCUUAUUCAUUUAAAAGUAACUUAUUGCACGACUAAUCAGUUCUUCUAUAAAGCAUUGAUAACUUUCUAGGACUGUCGUAUUUUGGUUAAACUAUGACACGCGUUUAUCGCUGAAUGCGUUUGUGUCGACCAAGUUGUUUGUUCUUUCUUAGUACCGACUGUAGUCAGUGGUUUGGAUUCUAAGUGCCGUCGGAGCGGUGGAGCUGUACUUGGUGUGAAAGGUGCUUCUUUAAAUUGAGCUUUAAAUCACUUUUUUAAUCACCUGAGCCUGUUUUACAUUGCGAUGAUCUCCGACUUCAAAAUAUUGUACAUCCCAGGAGAAACACUAAACUUUAAAAAGGUAAUAUUGGCACACGGCGGUGGAUCUUUACAGUGUAAUGUAACUAAGCAGAAUUAUUUGAUCAGUCUACAGUAAGCCUAUUUUAACCUUUUAACUGGAAAUCAUCAAAACCAGUAAAGGUUUCCACUAUCUGAAUCUCCAUCGUCAUUAGCUACAUACACAAAAGCAGGAGAAAAAUCACCCAGGCUGCAACUCAUUGACUUUUUUUCCCCCCUUUCUUGUGCGCCCACACCACACCCUUAGCCUGCCACCCUGGGUGGUGAGCCACAUCCCCUGUCGCUAAAUCUACCACUGCUGGAACAACUGUGACAUGUUACUGCCCAACACUCGUCUACGUGAUGUUGAAGGGUUUGAGUCUGGACCUCAGGACUGGGUCUAAAGUCCGUCCACUUUGAGUUUUAAAGGGAAUGAAGACUUUCUGAAGCAAUUUUCUUUGAAACAGUGCAAGCUGUACUUUUUAAUCCUCUGCUGAAACCCUUUAUUACUUGCAUACCUGCAACAUACAUGCGGCUGUAUAACCCAGACUCUCUUCACAACACAGAUUCUGUCUAUAAAUAUGCAUUGGCCUGCGGUACUGCUGCCCAAAGAAAACAUGGUGCACAAAAUCUAUGAGGGUUCUACAGAAGAGUUGGGUCGGAUGUACACAAACUGUUCUCGUAUAACCAGUAUUUACCAACAGGUGUAGCUCUCUACCUUUGCAGCUGCAGUGGUGUGUUACUCAUGAAUCCUCAGCAACGAGCCAGCAGGCCUCAUGAAAUACAGAUUUUUACCAAAGGGAGUUUUCCACUGCAAAGCUGUCCUCUGUCUAGCUGUAGUUAAAUAGUGACCUUAAACAACCCCAUCUAUGUUGUGAGUGUGUGUGUGUGUGUGUGUGCACAUUACUUGCUGUUAUUUUGUACAAAGGUGUUUUCCUCUGUCUGUGUAUGUGUGUGUGUGUGCUUGUCUUUCUCGAUCUUUGUGUCUAAGAUUGGGGUUUGGACCUUGUUAUGCACUGCAUGAUAUUACUGUUAUGACUUGCACUUUAAGGAGUAUUUAUUCAAAUAAAAAUAAACAUGCAAAAACA